AUGGUGAAGACUAACAAGCUAGUCUUUGACAGGCACAUGAAGGUUUUGAUGGAAAGGGCUCAGAAACUGCUUUAUGGUGGCAUGUUAACCGACGUGAUCCUUGCCUGCGAAGGGGAGCAGAUCCCAGCACACCGGGUCAUUUUGGCGGCCGGAAGCGGCGUUCUCAAUUCGAUGCUUCUAGCCGUUCCUCCCUCAAAGAAACAGGUCAUUGUGAUUACCAGUGUGAAGGCUUGCGACGUCCGAGCAAUCGUGGAGUUCAUGUAUCGCGGUGAGGUCCAAGUCAAGGUGGAGGAUAUUCCUCGCUUGUUGAGCACCGCUCAAGAGUUACAGGUCUACGGACUGGAGCUCCAAUCAGAACCUGUGACGGUGAAGGUGGAACCGCUGGACGGAAGGGAGUUGAAAGUUGUCGUAAAGAAGCUCGAGGAUUUCCCGUAA